AUGCUCGGCCCAACUCUUGCCCGGGCUAAUUCUCUUCUGUCUCUCUCUCUGUCUGCCUCUUCUGUCUGCUUCUUCCGUCUCUCUCUCCUGCCUCAACGCUCGCCUGUCUGCCUCUUCCAUCUCAGUGCUUGCCUGUCUGCCUCUUCCAUUUCAGUGCUUGCCUGUCUGCCUCUUCUAUCUAAACGCUCAUCUAAAACCUUUUUGUUCACAUCUAUUUCUCACAUUCUCUUAUUCAGUUUUCUUUUUCUUUUUUAUCCUUUCUUUCUCUUUACAACUGCAUUUAUUUUUCAUUUCUUUAUUUAUUAUCUCACCCAUUUUCUGAUUUCAAGAGAAUAUAUUCUCUCACACUGCUACUUUACUAUUUUGCACUAUGCUCAUUCUUUGUUACUCUUAAGCACUCGUUCUUUGCUACUCUUAAGCACUCGUUCUUUGCUACUCUUAAGCACUCGUUCUUUGCUACUCUUUAGCACUCGUUCUUUGCUACUCUUUAGCACUCGUUCUUUGCUACUCUUUAGCACUCCACUUGUUCUUUGCUACUCUUUUGAAUUUGUUCUUUGCUGCACUUUCAUAUUCUUUCUUUGCUACUCUUUCGCAUUCAUACUUUAUAACUCCACUUUUUCUUUACAACUCUUUCGUGCUUAUUCUUUACUACUCUUUAGCACUUGUACUUCUUUUAGCACUUUUUCUUUGCUACUCUUUAGCAAUGUUCUUUGCUACUCUUUCAUGCUCUUUCUUUGUUACUCUUUCAUGCUCUUUCUUUGUUACUCUUUCACUGUUCAUUCUUUACUACCCUAUCGCAUUCAUUUUUUACUAUAG